CACUUUGACAAGGGAGGGGGCGGAGCGAGCAAGCGGAGCGCAAACAGCGGCAGCAGCAACAGCUUGCAAAGAACAAGGAGAGAGAGAGAGAGACCCCCUCCCCAUUUGGAGCCCCCUCCCCAAGCAUGGCAGCCCUCCGCCUGUCCCCUCGCUUCUUCCUGGGGCUCGGCGCCCUGCGGGGGACCGGCUGCCCCCCUGCGAGACUCUACGCCGCCCAAGCGGCCGCCGCCCAGGCGGUCCCGGAAAAACAGAGACCAAAGGCAGAGUCAUUGUCCCAAGAAGAAUUGGGGAAAAAGCAUCAAUCUACGGAAACAAAAUCCUUCGCGGUGGGGAUUUUUAAAGGCCAGAUCAUCACUGAGCAAGUUUUCCCUUAUCCUUCAGUCCUCAAUGAGGAGCAGACGCAAACGUUGCGGGAGCUGGUGGAUCCCGUCGCUCGCUUCUUUGAGGAGAUGAACAACCCGUCCCGGAAUGAGGAGCUGGGGCAAGUGCAGGAGAAGACGAUGAGGGGCCUGAAGGAGAUGGGGGCUUUCGGGUUGCAGGUGCCCACCACCUUUGGGGGUCUGGGGCUCACCAACACCCAGUAUGCCCGCAUGGUGGAAAUCGUGGGGAUGCACGACCUGGGGGUGGGCAUCACCCUUGGCGCCCACCAGUCCAUCGGCUUCAAGGGCAUCCUGCUCUACGGCUCCCGGGAGCAGAAGAAGAAGUAUUUGCCCAAGUUGGCAACCGGUGAGACCAUCGCCGCGUACUGCCUGACCGAGAACACCAGCGGCUCCGACGCGGCCUCGAUCCGGAGCAGAGCCGAACUAAGCCCUUGCGGUACCUACUACACUCUCAAUGGGAGCAAAUUGUGGAUCAGCAAUGGCGGCAUCGCCGACAUAUUCACCGUCUUUGCCAAAACCCCGCAGCAAGACGAGACGGGGAAGAUGAAGGACAAGAUCACGGCCUUCAUCGUGGAGCGGUCUUUUGAGGGGGUCACCAGUGGCCCCCCCGAGAAGAAGAUGGGCAUCAAAGCGUCCAACACAGCCGAAGUCCACUUUGAUAAUGUCCGAGUGCCGGUGGAGAACGUUCUAGGUGCACCAGGCGCCGGCUUCAAGGUGGCCAUGAAUAUCCUGAACAACGGGCGCUUCGGCAUGGCGGCCGCUAUGGCGGGCACCAUGCGGGCACUCAUUCACAAGGCGGUGGAUUUUGCUGCCAACCGAACUCAAUUUGGGGAAAAAAUCCACACUUUCGGAGGCAUUCAGGAGAAACUCGCCCGCAUGGCGCUCCUCCACUACGUGACAGAGUCGAUGGCCUAUAUGAUCAGUGCCAACAUGGAUCGCGGGGCGUCCGACUUCCAGAUUGAGGCAGCCAUCAGCAAAAUCUUCGGCUCGGAAGCCGCCUGGAGCGUGUCGGAUGAAUGCAUUCAGACGAUGGGUGGCAUGGGCUUCAUGAAGGAAGGCGGCGUGGAACAAGUGAUGAGGGAUUUGCGCAUCUUCCGGAUCUUCGAAGGCACCAAUGACAUCUUGCGGCUUUUCAUUGCCCUCUACGGGUUCCAGAACGCCGGGAACCAGCUUCGUGGUUUGCAACAAGCCAUCAAGAACCCCUUCGGCAAUGCUGGUUUGUUGGUCAGCGAGGCAGGGAAACGAGUCCGCAGGAAGGCAGGUUUGGGGACAGGCAUCACCUUAAAAGGUGUGGUGCACCCGAGUUUGGAAUCCAGCAGUGAGCAGGCCGUUCAAGCCAUCGACCUCUUCGCGGCCGUGAUAGAAAACCAGCUGCUGAAGCACGGGAAGAAAGUUGUCGAAGAGCAGUUUAUGCUGAAACAGAUCGCCGACAGCGCAAUGGAUAUCUAUGCCAUGGUGGUCGUUCUGUCCAGGUGAGCCUUCGCUGCCCCCCCAAGAGACAC